AUGGAGUACAAUGCUGGCCAAAACUUGAUUGAAAAGAUUCAGUCAACUAACCAUAUUUUGCAAGCCCACCUUCAUAUCUGCCACGAGGGAAAAGAAGAACUGGACAAACUUGAGGAGGAGCAAAAAAGGAUUGAGGCCAGAAAAUCAACCAUCCUUGCUAAGAUUUACAAUGCGGUCCAAGACUCUCGUCCACAUCAGGGCGAUUUCCAAGAGAAGGAAGAUGACUACAAUACCUUGAUGAGUGCAAGGACCGAAUUAUGGGUUAACUUCAAAACCGUCAUCCAAAAGCAACAUUAA